AUCGGCAUCGUCAACAUCAACAGCGCACGGAACAAGAUAGUAUCAACAUGCAGGAGAAAGAUGUAAUUAAUACUGCAGGUUCUAACAAGUAUUGGAAGUGCAGCACCACGCACACUCGGACUCAAACUCGUGACAGAGUCUACAGAUGUGAGGAGUGUAACAGACAUUUUAAUCAGCUGGGACAUCUUCAGACACACACGCGAACCCAUACCGGAGAGAGGCCGUAUCGAUGUGAAGAGUGCGGCAGGAAGUUCAGCACGUUGUCUAACCUAAAGACACACAUAAGACAUCAUACGGGCGAAAAACCUUACCAUUGUAAGGAGUGCAACAGGUUUUUUAGCAACCGUAAUGUCCUAAAUGCACACAUAAGGACGCAUACUGGCGAAAAACCGUAUCAAUGUGAAAAAUGUACAAAAUGCUUUAGACAGCUGACUCAUCUUAAGGAUCACAUGAGAAUCCAUACAGGGGAAAAACCAUACAGCUGUAAAACGUGCAACACACCGUUUAGAUAUCUUAAUGUACUGAAGGUUCACAUGAGGACCCACACUGGCGAAAAGCCAUAUAGUUGUAAAUAUUGUAGCAAGAUAUUUAAUCAGUCAUCUCAUCUAAAGGCUCACAUUCGGACCCACACAGGGGAAAAACCGUAUAAUUGUAAAGCAUGUACGGCGCAGUUUACUACGCUGUCCAAUAUGAAGAGGCAUUUGCGGAUACACAAACAUUUAAAAGUGUAUUCAAAAUCAUAACGACAGAAUUUCUGCAGGUUCUGCCUUCUUUGAAUGCAUUGUAUCGCAGCUGCACGGAUGUUCAGGACAAAAACGAAGUGUACAAACAGCUCGGUCACACGGGGGAGGGAGCAACGUACUUUUGUAGUACAAUAAUUUAUUAGCACACGAAUACGGAAAAUAAAUAAGCUUUGAAGACAAAUGAUUACCCCUUAAAGUUGACAAGGGACUUCAAAAGUACUUUUCUGUAUGAUUUACAACUACUAAAAGAAUGGCAUUCUUUCUGCUAUGCCGGCGAAGGGAGGGGGCGCUUCCGUACCGGGCUAAUCUGUUUACGUUUGCCUUUUUUCGCUCAUUAGGCCAUGU